CAAUGAGCAUCGCGUACGGCGUGGAUGUGGAAUGCUGAUGUGUGAUCCCGGCUUCCGGCCUCCCAGUCAUCCAUCCACAGGGCAGAGAAGUGAGACACCAUGCCGUACUACCGAGCCUGGGAGGAGUUCACCCGGGCCGCUGAGAAGCUCUACCAGGCUGAUCCUAUGAAGGUUCGUGUGGUGCUGAAGUACAGACAUUGCGAUGGCAGCUUGCGUAUAAAAGUCACAGAUGACGUUGUGUGUUUGCUGUACAGCACAGACCAGGCUCAAGACGUAAAGAGGAUUGAGAAAUUCCACAGUCAGCUGAUGCGGCUCAUGGUUGCCAGGGAAUCCCGCAGUGCCACCAUGGAAACAGACUGAGAGUCUCCAGAUAGGACCAACCUGAACGUACAGAUUUUUUUUUCCAUGUCCAUCAAGACACAGAAAUGACUUUAAUACAAAGAGGUGGAUAAUCGAAAAAGGAGCCGGCAUUUAAGCUGUGCCAAGCUGUGCUCGGCAGUGGGGUUUUUUAUCAUUAUUUUAGUUUUUUUUGGAAGUGCUAUGCUUUCAUGUGAAAGCUUCUAUUUAUUAAUGAAAAUGGAAGAACGUAUUUGAAUUCCCCUGUGGACAUCUCACUCUCCAAAAUUAAUUAAUACUUAGGCAGCAUGUAAAUAUUAUAAAGGGUUUUGUUUUUGUUUUUUUCUUCUUCAAUUUUUAUGGCUAUGCAGAAAUUAUCUAUAAGAUACAUUGAAAGUCAUCUGCCUUACAGUGAUUCACCUCAUUUUAUUUGACAAAACUAUUAAAGGAUAUUUAAUCUGUUUUGA